AUGGCGUACCUUGCUCCCAUUCAUCGGCCGUCGAGCGUACGGCAUGCCAUUAAGAUCUCCUUUCUAGCGCCGGGAUCAGAAGACUUGAUUGUGGCCAAGGCGAACCGAUUGGAGAUAUGGUCCCCCAGCCAGCAACCGAACGAUCCUACCCUAGUUCUUCAACACACCAAGGCGAUAUACGGCAGGGUAACAUUACUCCACAAGCUGCGACCGGCAACGAGCUCAGCGGAUCACCUAUUCGUGGGCACAGAUCGAUAUCACUACUUCACUCUAAGCUGGGACGACGAGAAGAAGGCGCUCACGACGGAGAAGAGCUAUGUCGACAUUGCAGAGAAAGCGGCGAGAGACAGCCAGACGGGCGACAGAGUCCACAUUGACCCUACAUCACGCUUCAUGACAUUGGAGUGUUACGAAGGCGUUGUCAAUGUGCUCCCAAUCGCACAUUCGGGCAAGGGCAAGCGAAGAGCAGCGGAUAAUGAAGUUGGAGAGCUGGGCGAGCCGAUCCCGGUACGGAUACCAGAGCUGUAUGUGAGGAGUAGCUGCUUUUUGCAUCAAAGACAAACUGGAACGAAACAACCCGACCCGCAAUUCGCGGUACUGUACGAGGAUAGCCAGAGCAGGGUGCGGAUCAAGAUCAGGAAAGUGAGCUACUCUCCUUCCCUGAGGCCGGGAGAUGAACCGGCGACUGCGGAUCUGGAGGAAGGCCAGGAUGUACAGGAUUCGCUAGAGGCCGGGGCGGGAAUGAUGAUACCUCUACCUGCGCCUAUGUACGGCCUGUUGGUCAUCGGCGAGACGAGCAUUUCAUAUGUCGAUGAGUGGAACUUCAGAGUGCAGGAGACAGAACCCCUGGAUGAUGCGACCGUAUUCGUAGCCUGGUGUCCGCUGGACGAUCAAAGAUACGUUUUAGCCGAUGACUACGGCAAGCUGUAUCUAUUGAUGGUGCAACAGAAUGGCAACGGGGAAUACCAGGGUCAUCAGAUUGAUGUACUUGGUGAGACCAGUAGAGCAAGUACUUUGGUCUACUUGGAUGAGGGUCGAGUCUUUGUAGGCAGCCACCAGGGCGACAGCCAGGUCAUUCAGAUCUCUCCGAAGAACAUCGAAGUUGUGCAGACCUUCCCCAACAUUGCACCCAUUCUGGACUUCACUGUGAUGGACAUGGGGAACAGGAGCUCCGAUGCGCCGGUCAAUGAAUUCUCCAGCGGGCAAGCUAGGAUAGUAACUGGUUCUGGAGCGUUCAAAGAUGGCAGUCUGCGAUCUGUACGGUCUGGCGUCGGGCUGGAAGACAGAGGCGAUCUCGGAAGUCUAGACGCACCCAUAUCGGCAGUGUUCAGCCUCAGGAGUAGUGCGGCCGCACAAUUGAUGGAUACGCUGGUCGUGAGCUUCGUGGAUCACACCCGCAUCUUUGUCUUUGAUGCAGAAGGAGACGUCGAAGAGAGGGAAGACUACCGCGCCUUCAGCCUCUCCGAAAACACACUGCAUGCAGCCAACUUACCAGAUGGGAGAGCUGUACAGGUCACAAGUUCUUCUGUAUUGCUCACUGAUGCUGAAGGCGACAUGGUGACCGAUACCUGGAAAGCGCCGAAUGGAGCCUCGAUCACGGCUGUUGCGGUCGACACAGUGAAGGUUCUUGCAUCUCUGAAUGGCAAAGUUCUUGUAGUGCUGGACCUGUCGCAAUCAUCGAUAAACGUCCAAUCGGAACGGACCUUCGGCAGCGAUGAGGAGGUAUCGUGUAUUGCGCUGUCAACAUCAAUACCAAACGCCUGUGUUGCGGGCUUCUGGAAGGACAGCAGGGUUUCCUUCCUGGAUCUGCAAUCACUCCAGCCGCUCGCAACGGAACGCGUGGCCGAAGACGUGCUUGCAGUGCCUCGCUCUUUGACCGUAGCCAGUAUUCUCAAGGACCAGCCGGCGACACUGUUUGUCGGUCUUGCAGAUGGCAACGUAGUCACAUACACUAUCGAGUCAGAACAGAAGCUGUUUGCGGCAAGGAAGAGCAUAAUACUGGGCACUCAGCAGGCAAAUUUUGCCGUCCUCCCCAGAGCUGAUGGCUUGCAGAAUGUGUUCGCGACCUGUGAGCACCCGUCACUCAUCUACGGAUCGGAAGGCCGAAUGGUGUACUCGGCCGUCACAGCAGAAAGCGCUACAUCCAUCUGCUCCUUCAACUCAUUUGAGCCGUACUCCAACGCUAUCGCAAUAGCAUCAGGAGACCAACUGAGGGUCGCUGUGGUCGAUGAAGAGCGGACAACACACGUACAGGAUCUUUUCGUACACGAGACUGUGCGACGUAUCGCGUACUCCGCCGACCUCAAGGCUUUUGGGCUGGGCUGUAUACAGCGCACUCUCACAACUGUUGGACCCAGUGGCGAGGCGGCGGAAGAAGUCAAAAGCCACUUCAAGCUCGUGGACGAGAUCGCCUUCAAAGAACUCGACACUUUCUGUUUCAACGAGGAUGAGCUUAUCGAGUCCGUCAUCCGCUGUAAGCUUGAUGAUGGUUCUGGCGAUGAAGUGGAGCGAUUUGUUGUUGGUACCGCAUAUCUAGACGAUCAGGAUGCCAAUUCGGCUAGGGGACGUAUCUUGGUGCUCGAAGUCACAGAAGACCGCAGAUUGAAGCUCGUCACGGAGCUCAGCGUCAAAGGCGCAUGUCGAUGUCUCGCGGUGUGUCAGGGAAAGAUUGUGGCGGCUCUUGUCAAGACGGUAAGCCUUUUCCCAUUUGUGGUAUUAACUCGCACUGUACUGACUACGAGCAGGUUGUCGUCCUCGACUUCGACUACGCCGGCGGUGCACAACCGAGUCUUAUCAAGAAAGCCGCCUACCGCACCGCAACCGCUCCCAUUGACAUGUGCGUCGUCGACAACGUGAUCGCUGUGACCGACCUCAUGAAAUCCAUGUCGCUGGUAGAGUACAUGCCGGGCCGACAAGGCCUGCCAGACACAUUGAGCGAGGUCGCACGCCACUUUGACACUCUCUGGGGCACAGCUGUCGCGAAUGUCGCCGAGAACACCUACCUCGAAUCCGACGCCGAGGGCAAUCUGGUCGUCCUGCAACACGACGUGAACGGUUUCAGCGAAGAAGACCGGAAGCGUCUCCGCGUCACGAGCGAAAUGCUCCUGGGAGAAAUGGUCAACCGCAUCCGCCCCAUCGACGUAACACCCACCCCGGGCGCGAUCGUCAUCCCGCGUGCUUUCCUCGCCACCGUCGAGGGAAGCAUCUAUCUCUUCGCCCUCAUCGCCCCGGGCAAACAAGACCUCCUCAUGCGCAUGCAGAACAAGAUGGCCGACCUCGUCCAGACCCCCGGAAACGUGGCCUUUGCCAAAUUCAGGGGUUUCAAGAAUCAGGUUCGCGAUGAGAGUCAUCAGGGACCUAGCCGGUUUGUGGACGGGGAAUUGAUCGAGAGGUUUCUGGACUGUUCCGAGGAGAUUCAGAGGGAGGUUGUCAGGGAUCUGAAUGUGGAAGUUGAGGAUGUGAGGGGUAUGGUGGAGAGUUUGCGGAGGAUGCACUGA